UCUCAACCGUCCAUUCGAGGAAAUGAGGCCCCACUUGCGCCUAAAACUUGGGCACAGUCGUGCGACAGGGAACACCGACUCCACUUUUCCUUCGCCUCCAACCGUCUCCUAUGCUUUCGUCGGCUCGAUCAAAUCCGGUGGGGGCUCCGAAAAGAUCCGGUCUUUCUCACCUGCCGCUACUCUUCCGGGGUUAAUCUGCGGUUUUGUUGCCGAAAGAUGAGAUCUUCCGGGCUGGCCUGAUGCGUUCUUGGCCUGCGUCGGAAUGGGAGUGUGGGAAUCCAUUUUGGGGAAGGAUGGGAGGAGGUUCGUCAAGCGCAAGGACAGUGAUGCCGGGGAGCACGGUCGAGCACUGGAGGAGCUGCGAAGUUCCAUGUACAGUGAUUUCCAUACUUCAGAAGGAGCAAAACGUCAGCAGCAGAGGUUAUGUGGUCCAUUUGUGGCAAUGACCUUUAAUUUCAUUGUUGCUGUUGGAAUAAUCAUGGCUAACAAAGUGGUGAUGGGCAAAGUUGGGUUCAAUUUCCCUGUUGCCCUUUCUCUGAUCCAUUAUGUAACUUCUUGGUUUCUCAUGGCCAUCUUCAAAGCGCUUUCUCUACUGCCUGCUGCACCUCCUUCUAAAGCCACACCAUUUUCUUCUUUAUUUGUCUUGGGCGUAGUGAUGGCUCUUGCCACUGGACUAGCCAAUGUCAGCUUACAACAUAACAGUGUGGGUUUCUAUCAGAUGGCUAAGAUAGCUGUGACUCCGACAAUCGUUCUAGCUGAGUUUAUGCUUUUCAGCAAGAAGGUCUCUCUUCAAAAGGUCAUCACGCUAGGUAUCGUUUCAGUCGGUGUGGCUGUUGCUACUGUCACUGAUCUAGAAUUCAAUUUUUUUGGUGCUUGUGUUGCAUUGGCAUGGAUUGUGCCUAGUGCCGUAAAUAAAAUUUUAUGGUCAAAUAUGCAACAAACAGGCAACUGGACUGCUCUUGCGUUGAUGUGGAAAACAAGCCCAAUUACCAUAUUCUUCUUCAUGGUUUUGAUGCCUUUGUUAGACCCACCGGGUGUGUUAUCCUUUGGUUGGAACUGGAACAAUGUAGCUGCCAUCAUAAUAUCAGCUUUAUUUGGAUUUCUGCUUCAAUGGUCAGGGGCACUGGCACUUGGUGCAACAUCUGCAACUUCUCAUGUUGUUCUGGGGCAGUUCAAAACAUGUGUUAUUAUGCUUGGUGGAUACAUUUUUUUCAAAUCUGACCCAGGAAUGGUCAGUUUGUUCGGAGCUGUUGUUGCUUUGUGCGGAAUGUCAUUCUAUACUUACCUUAAUUUGCGGGACUCAAAGGAGUCAUCAGCGGGGGCAAUUAAGCAGCUACUACCAAAACAGAAUUCAUUCUCUCUAAAGCCGAAAACAAUCAUUGAUGAAGAAGACAAUACAGAUGCCAUCAACCCUGUUUGAGAUGAUACCUCCAUGGAGUGAGCUAGGCAUAGGCAUUUGCUUGACCAAACAUCUUGACUACUAUGUUUUAUUCAAAUGUCUCUUUCUUCUCUUCUUUUUAUUUUUUUUUAAUUUGCAAUUUUGAUAAGUGAAACGUUCUCGCAAAAGGCUGAUCUGUGUAUAUACGUGUCCAUUUCUGGAAUUCUCAAGGGUUACUUGUUAUCUUUUUAUACGAAAAAGAAAAUUCUACCUUGAUGA